AUGAAGCGCUUCUUGUCACUCGUGAAGAAAACCAACCACCACGAUACAACCCACUACCCGCCAGCCCUGACAAAAGUGUACAAAGUCUCCCAUCGCACUCUCGGGGUAGGCUCAUUUGCCACUGUGAAGCUAUGCACCCAUCGCAAAUCGGGUCAAACAUUUGCUCUCAAGGUCAUCAACAAGAGAGCGAUUGCUGGCCGAGAACACAUGCUGGAUAACGAACUAGAUGUCUUGAAGCAGGUGCGUCAUCCUCAUAUUAUCUCUAUGCAAGGCAUGUAUGAAGACAACGAAGCCGUUUACAUUGUUACCGAUCAUGCCAAAGGUGGUGAGUUUUUCGAUCGGCUUUUACGGAAAGGGAGCUACACAGAAAAGGAUGCCUCCAAUCUCUUACGUCAAAUCUUGGAAGCCCUGGCCUAUUUGCAUGAGCAUGAUAUCGUGCAUCGUGAUAUCAAACCUGAAAAUCUUCUAUUCCAGACAUCAUCACAAGACAACGGCGAGGUGGAAAAGCUGAUGAUUGCUGAUUUUGGGUUAUCGAGGAUAUUGAAAGAGGACCAUGCUAUUCUAAUGACCGCUUGUGGCACACCUGGAUACGUUGCACCGGAGAUACUACUACGAGCUGGACAUGGCACAGCUGUCGAUCUGUGGAGUGUUGGGGUGAUCAUGUACACAAUGUUGAGUGGCUAUCCACCAUUUUGGCAACCAGAUGAGGCAGCAUUAUUCGAUUCCAUUAUCAAGGGCGAGUACCAAUUCGAUGAGCAGUAUUGGGGUCAUAUUUCAGAUGCAGCCAAGGAUCUGAUCCAGCGAUUAUUACAAGUGGAUCCAAGCAAACGCAUUACAGCAGCUGAAGCACUAUGCCAUCCAUGGAUAGCGUAUGAAGGAAACGACAUGGACGAAUCAACAACGUGUAUGGAUCGAGAUAUCAUUAUCAAUGUACGACGUGGUUUCACAGCAAGUAGACAAUCAUUAAAGCCAUCAUCAUAG